AUGUUCUCAGCGCUGUCAACCUUGACUCUCUGGGUCUCCAUUGUUCUCGCGCAGACAAGCUCGAGCGUUUUUGACUUCCCUGAAUAUCCACCUCCUGGUACCCCUGGUCCCUAUGCUACACUAGCGAAUGCUGCAGCGCCAUUGCCGUAUGGAAUCUCUGACGAUCCAGCGCUAUCAGAGGCUGUCAUCCAUUACGACACGGGAUUCUUUGGCCCACAAAUUGAGCUUGUGCAUGCGUAUUACAACUACUGGCCGACGGGUGUUGGUGUAGCCAGUGAUGGCACUAUCUUCACUUGUUUCCCUAGAGGCAAUGAGACUUUCACGUUAGCUGUGUUUAACAGCUCGACGUCGGAAGCCGCUUGGCCGAAUGAGGAGUGGAACACCCCUCCGGCCUUCUACAAUGAAAGCAACCCCGGCUACAGCAUUGCUACCGACAAGUUGCUCUUUAUCCAGUCCGUCGUCGUAGACGGUGCUGACCGCGUGUGGGCCCUCGACACCGGCCGCCCGCGCGUGAAUGGGACCUACCUGUUCGCAGCCGUACCUGGCGGCCCCAAGCUUGUGGGCUUUUACCUGAACGGAACUAGCUUUGUCACAUACACCUUCCCGGACUACGUCGUGUACGCCGACUCGUCUCUCAACGACGUCCGCAUCGACCUUCGCGGUGAGGGCUACGCGUACAUCACCGAUAGCUCUCCGUACCGCCCGGCGAUCGUCGUCAUCAACCUUUCGACUGGAGAGUCGUGGAGGCACCUUGACGGGUCUUUGAUGACGUCUCCCGACCCGGCGUUUGUUCCCGUCUAUGAUGGUGGUACGUUACUUAAGUAUCGCGUUGCCCAUCUGAUGCUCACGAACGAGGAAGUGCCUUUCUACUAUCGCCCAAUCGCUCAACCGAAUGUCAUACAGCGGCUUACUGCCUUUGCUGCCGAUGGUAUCGCGCUUUCUGCAGAUGGUGAAUAUCUUUACGUGACGCCGCUCACAAGCCGCCGCCUCUAUCGGGUGCCGACAUCCUACCUAAAGCAACAGCCAUCCUCGACCAACCCCAACGCGUACAUGCUUGCGCGCGAAAACGUGCAGAAUGUGGGCGAGUUCGGAGGACAUGCUGAUGGUCUUGAGACCGACAGCACUGGCUACAUCUAUCUGGGUUCUCAGGAACAUAAUGCAAUCCAUCGGUACAACAUCACGACGGGCUUGGUAGAGCCGUUCAUUCGCACUCCUGUUAUCCAGUGGGCCGACACAAUGUCUGUCGUAUCCCUUCAGAGCGGAGGAGGCUACCUGUACUUCACGGUCAAUCAGCUCUGGCUUGCCCCUGACUAUCAGAACGGGUGA